AUGGCCCCUUUUCAGCUGGAAUUGGGGUAUGAAACAGUCCAGAAAGACGAUAAAGAGGUUCAGGCUUUGGCAGACGUUACUCUCCGCACAACUAUAGAGAGCACCUCAGCAAGCGAGGAGCCUGAUUACCGGGCUAUUGACGUCCUUCUCAAUCCUGACUUGCUGAAACAGGUGGAAAGGGAUGAUGCGGCUGGAGCCGUGCCUUUCAACAAGGAGGAUGACAUGAGACACUACGGUAGAGAGCUCAUGAAAAAAUCACGUGCUCUGAGACUACAAAAGACCAACUGCGAAGCUACCGACUCCAUGAGUUACUGGAUUGCUCAUCCGCACGACGACUCGGGGAGAUCAAUAAAAUGGACAGUGUCGCUGAAACUGGAGAUGGAUGACCCUGAGGAUGGCUUCAGGAUUAGGGAAGUGUCCAAUUCUUUCGGAAAAAAUUACGACCCGUAA